AAGACAAGGGCCAGGUAGGGGAUAGCCAAGCUGAGGGCCUUGGGCAUGGGCUGCUGUCUGCCUCCAUGGCCCCAUCUUCCCAGCACCCCAGGCCAAGGGCUCACAAAGCACCCCACUCUGCCUAGAUCACUCCUUGUCUAAUCUAUGCGUCUAGGCCAUCUGGGUCUCUAGCAAGCUGACAGUCAGGCCCUGUGCCUCAUCUUGAGAUGAUAGCCGGCCUGCAGGGCAGGAACUCUGCACCCUCAGCUGUGAUCUCUGAUGGCUGCAGGGUCUCUGGCUGCCCACCAUGAAGCUGGAGAGGCUCAGAGCCCCAUCUCCUAGCCCAAUCCUGAGAUGCCAGAGCUAGGUGGUCACCUUCUUCAGAUAGCCAACCCCACUCCAGGGACACAGCAGGAUCUGUAGGGCCCAAUGAGGAGACAGAUCUGAAGCUGCUUAGAGCCACCCUGGGUAGCCCACCUCUCCUGGCUCCCACCCCACAUAGUUAUCAAUGGCCAGGAAGCAGUCUGGGGUCUGUGGUCCUGGAAGGCACCACCAUCCCAGAUGGGGACUGCUGUGUUGACUAACCUGUGUGAUUGGGACCUCAAAGGGUGAAAACCCUUUUCCCAGGAGGGAGGAGCAGAAGGAAACUCAUUUGAGGAUGUCCCAAGUCUUCAUGCUGGUGCCUCUCCUGGAAUCACAAAGGAGGGAUGCCCUGUGCAGAUGCUGACACCUCUGUGGAGAACAAUGGAGGCUCCUGAGUGGCCCUGGUCCAUGUCGCCACACGGCCUGCACAGCAGAGCAGGCAAGGUGCUGAGGAUGCUCGCUGCUCUGGGACUUGGCUCCAUGACUCUCAUCUUCCUUCUGGGACACGUGGCCCCUCUUUUCACCUGGCACCAGACACUCCAUGAAGAAGUGCCCCCCAGGCCCUGGGAGGCCUUGGGAGGGGAGUCCGGGCAGCAGAGGGACUCCUGCCAGCUCGUCCUUGUGGAAAGCAUCCCUCAGGACCUGCCAUUUGCAGCUGGCAGCCCAUCUGCCCAGCCCCUGGUCCAGGCCUGGCUGCAGCUCCUGGACACUGCCCAGGAAAGCAUCCAUGUGGCCUCAUACUACUGGUCCCUCACAGGUGCUGACAUCGGGGUCAAUGACUCCUCUUCCCAGCAGGGAGAGGCCAUUCUGCAGAAGCUGCAGCAGCUGCUGGAUAGAAACAUCUCCCUGGUGGUGGCCACCAGCAGCCUGACGCCAGCUGGGAAAUCCACUGAUCUGAAGGUCCUGGCAGCUCGUGGUGCCCAGGUGCGACAGGUGCCCAUGAAGCACCUCACUGGGGGCAUCUUGCACUCCAAAUUCUGGGUUGUGGAUGGGCGGCAUGUCUACGUGGGCAGUGCCAACAUGGACUGGCGGUCUCUGACACAGGUGAAGGAGCUUGGCGCCGUCAUUUACAACUGCAGCCACCUGGGCCAGGAUCUGGAGAAAACUUUCCAGACCUACUGGGUGCUGGGGGCACCUCAAGCUGUCCUUCCUAAAAGUUGGCCUCGGAACUUCUCGUCCCACAUCAACUACUUCCAACCCCUCCGAGACCGCUUUGAUGGGCUUCCCACUACUGCCUACUUCUCGGCUUCGCCGCCUGCCCUCUGCCCCCAUGGCCGCACUUGGGACCUGAAGGCAGUGCUGGCAGUGAUGUGGGGUGCUCAAAAGUUCAUCUACGCUUCGGUGAUGGAGUAUUUCCCCACAACGCGCUUCACACACCCUGCAAGGUACUGGCCUGUGCUGGACAACGCACUUCGGGCAGCAGCCUUCAACAGGGGUGUGCACGUGCGUCUGCUGGUCAGCUGCUGGCUCAACACAGAUCCCACUAUGUUCCCUUACUUGAGGUCUCUGCAGGCCCUCAGCAACCCCUCAGCUGGCAUCUCAGUGGAUGUGAAAGUUUUCAUCGUGCCUGUGGGAAAUCACUCGAACAUCCCCUUCAGCCGGGUGAACCACAGCAAAUUCAUGGUUACAGACAAGGCGGCCUACAUAGGCACCUCCAACUGGUCAGAGGAUUACUUCAGCAGCACCUCAGGCGUGGGCCUGGUGGUCAGCCAGAGGGCCCUCCAUGCCCAGUCACGCAGGAUCCCUGUGCAGGAACAGCUACGGCAACUCUUCCAGCGUGACUGGAGCUCCCGUUAUGCUGUGGACCUGGAUGGACAAGCCCCAGGCCAGGACUGUGUUUGGAAGGGCUGAGGCCCAGCCCCCUGGGCUGUGGGGCCCACAGGUACUGGUGGACACUGCUGCCCACCAGACACCAACCAAUUCAAGCUCAGAAACUAAAAACAAAGGAACAUUUCUUGGGGUCUGAAGUUACUUGGGGCGAACAUGGAUUCCGACAGCUCUGAAUGGGAGCUCUGGACGUGCUGAUUGCAUGUGGCUUUUAAGGGAAGGAGAGACUGAGGCUGAGGAAGUCCCAUGGUUACAGGGAAAGAAGGUGACUGAAGAGAAGUGAGCCUGGCACUCAGCAGUCCCUCACUGACCCACCCAUCAUGGUUAGCUAGGGCUGCAGCGAGGUGUAAAGUUAGCAUGUCACUGGUGACAGCUGCCUGGAUGCAACCUCCAAUAAGAGAUGUGAUGGCUUGCAGGCCUGGCCCAGUUCAAAGGUCCACAUUUCUGUGUUGUUUUCUCAGACCCCAUUCAUGCCACAUGUGGGCCUUAGUCACCCAGUGGCUUCUGACUCCAUGCUGAAAUGCCCUUUAUUGUGACUACCUCCCCCUCUCCCUGCCCCCAUGUCUAGGCAGGGGCUCUUCCUCCAGGACCUCCAGGGUCAGAACUACUCAACUAUUAGGGUGGACAC